UUUUUUAGGGCAGUUUUCAUCGCUGGCGUGUGGUGAACACAUUUAAUUAAGCACCGAAUCAUGUCCUACUUCACAAAGAGAGGCGUACUUCUUUUGAUUUACUGCUGUUUUCUACCCGUUAGCUCCCAAGAUGUGGAUGAGUGUCAAACGGGGUCCUACAUCUGUCACGCGUUUGCUCAAUGUGUAAAUGUGAUUGGCUCGUAUGAUUGCAUCUGCAAACCUGGAUAUGAAGGAGAUGGUGAACAGUCUUGCUCAGCAUGUAGAGAGUCGUCUGUGAUAGCUACAAGUUCUUGUGCAGACGUCUUGGCGAUAGGAACAAGUACAACUGGUAUGAUAUAUUCAAACAAGAGUGGAAACUAUUUGAAUAGCAUGAACUGCUACUGGAUGUUUUCUGCGGACGAAGAUAUUGAACUAAAAUUCAUCAGAUUUGUCACAGAGAGCUGCUGUGAUAUUGUUUCUGUGUACAACGGCCCGUCCUCAUCCUCCUCUUUGUUUGGCCAAUAUAAGGGAACCGUUCUGCCUGGGCUAUCUUCAGCUGACCAGCUGUAUGUUACUUUUACAAGUGACGGUUCUGUUACAAAUUCUGGAUUUCACGCAGCAUACCAUAUAAAAGGACAGCCGUUUGUGGUGGCUUCAAGUUCAUGUACAAACUUAUUAACUGUUGAAUCCUACACCAGUGGUAUUAUAUUCUCUAACAUGUUUGAACGCUACAAUAACAGCCUGAGCUGCAAGUGGAUUAUAACUUCCAAUACAAGGCUGGAACUCGCAUUCAUUAGAUUCGAAACCGAGUCUAGUUAUGACAAAGUUAAGGUGUAUAAUGGCCCACAUUCUUCUUCUACACUGAUCGGCCAAUAUGGUGGAAGUUCGCUGCCUGGUCGCAUUACAAGCUCUUCUUCUGAGCUCUAUGUUACUUUUACAAGUGACGGAUCAGUUACAAAGUCGGGAUUCGUUGCAAACUACCACAUUUACGGGGAGCCAUACGUAACGGUCUCAAGUUCAUGUGCGAACGUUGUAACGUUUCGAUCAAGUUCAAGUGGAAUGAUAUAUUCAAACAGGGUUGGUGUUCAUGGACGCCAUAUGAAAUGCAGUUGGAACAUAACUUCCAAUAAAAACAUCGAACUAAUAUUCUUCAGGUUCGAGGUAGAAUCAGGGUAUGACUACGUCUACGUGUAUAAUGGUGGAUCUCCUUCCUCCCCUUUGAUUGGGAAGUACCAUGGAAACAUUCUACCUGGAGUCAUUAGAAGUACAUACAACAAGCUUCAUGUCGUUUUUACUAGUGAUUUGUCAGUGGAAAAGUCUGGAUUUGCGGCAAGUUACCACGUUGCUGACUCGAUUCGCCUCACAAACGGAAAAACACCUCUAAAUGGAAGAGUGGAAGUUUUUUCUAGGGGCAAAUGGGGAACUAUUUGCGACGACGACUGGGACAUGAGAGACGCUGAUGUGGCCUGCAGACAACUUGGAUUCCCUCCCGCCAUUCAAGCCUUUGACCGAGCCACGCAUGGUCAAGGAUCUGGUCAGAUAUGGAUUGAUAACUUGAAUUGCUCGGGAUUUGAGAUGCGUAUCGACAAGUGCAAGCAUCGCGGAUGGGGAACCCAUAAUUGUGGUCACGGAGAAGACGCCAGUUUAGAAUGUUCCCCGACAAUACCUUGAUCGAGUGAACUUUAAUGAAGGUUAUUGCUAGAAUCGUUUAACUGAAAGUAAGCCGGAGACAUAAAUAAGAAAAGUUUUCCAAAUAUGCCAUGUAACCUUUCGUUUUAAAUAAAUACAUGUAAUAUAAUACCAA